AUGCUAAGCAAAAGACUUUGGUCCUCUCUCCAAGGGAAUACGUUGCAAUGCAGGGCUCUCUCAUCAUUGCGCGGCAGAGGUUCUCGUCUCGGCCCACGUAACUUCGAUCGGUCGAGGCGAGUUUCGCAGCCACGCAAGAUAGACGACAACUCAUCCCCCGAGGUUCCUCCGGUGGAACAGAUGAACACGAUCGAUGAUAAUUACGAUCCAGCAAAGAACACACUGCUAGCCCCGGUGUACAUGCCUGAAGACCCAAAUGGCGUACUGAAGGAGAAUCAUCCAGCAACGAAUAUCUUGGCCAACUCCGGACUGGUCGUACAGCGACAGCUUGAGAUGAUGAAUGUAAUGAUCGGCUUUGAACAAGCCAACAAGUAUAUCAUCAUGGAUGCGCAAGGAACGCACAUUGGAUACAUGGCGGAGCAAGAGAAGGGAAUAGCGAAUACCAUGGCGCGACAGUGGUUCCGCACACAUCGCAGCUUUGUGACUCAUGUCUUUGACAGGCAAAUGAAUGAGGUUCUUCGAUUCAAUCGGCCCUUCUCGUGGAUCAAUUCACGGAUACAGGUCUACGAUCCGUUACAGCGAGCUCACGUUCCCUCCGAGAUUUCUACGCCUCCUCAAACAACACAAGACUUUAUGAUGGAGCCGUUCUCUGGGUCGCCUAAAAUAUCCCCGCUGGACUUUACUCAGAUGCGAGUGAUUGGCGAAGCCCAGCAACAGUGGGCGCCAUUGCGACGAAAAUAUAAUCUCUUUACGUUCCACCCAUCCCCCAAUUCUGAUACAGACAUGGGAAGUCAAGGAUUCUCUCUUGCCGGUUCUGGCUUCUCAAAGCAACAACAGCUGCAGCUCGCCCAGACUUCACUCCAAGAUCAAGGCGAAUUCAAUCAGUUUGCCUAUGUCAACGAACCAUUCCUCUCCUGGGACUUUUCGCUGCUAAGUGCCGAGAAUCGAACGAUCGGAUCAGUGAACCGCAACUUUGCUGGGUUUGCCCGUGAAAUCUUCACGGAUACCGGAAUGUAUGCUCUUCGCAUGGACUCCGCGGGCUUGAGUAGGGAGCCAUCAGCCAGCCAGACUGACCGUUCGCCUGGCAUGACUCUUGAUCAACGAGCAGUGAUGCUUGCGACUGCUGUCAGCAUUGAUUUUGACUACUUUAGCCGGCACAGCGGGUCAGGUGGGUUUGGUUUCAUGCCUCUAUGGUUUCCUGGAUUCGGAGGAGAGGCCGCGGCCGGCGGCGCAGCCGCUGGAGAGGCUGCGGGUGCCGUUGGAGGGGCCGCUGGAGGGGCCGCUGCCGGAGAGGCUGGUGCCAUCGGCGAGGUAGCGUCCGGUGCCUUAGGGCGAAGUGCAGGUGCUGCUGGUGAUGUCGCAGCUGGCAUGGCUGGCGCUGGUGCCAUGGCUGGUUACGAUGCGAUGCAUCGUGGAAUGUCUGGAAGCCAGAACUCAGAGUCACCUGCAUCUUUUGCCCCUUCUGGCUUUGACCAGGCGGAAUUGCCCCCAUCUGAGCAACAGCUUCCUGGUCAGCCUGGUGAAUCAGAAGAUCUCUGGUCAGGGCACCCUCCUCAAGCUCCGUGGAGCGAAGAUGAGUUCAAAGAUCCUUGGGGCGAUGAGGGCUCAGAUGAAGGCGGCGGUGACGACUUUGACUGGUUCUGA